GUGAAAAUGGAUUCAUUUACCACAGAAGUACCCUUUCUGCCAUCCAAUCAGUCUUCAGAGGCCUGCACCCCACAGGAAAACACAGUGGAGAAUAUGAUCUUUGGCAGUUAUUACAUCCUAGUCUUUCUGCUGGCUCUCAAUGGAAACAGCCUUGCUCUGUGGAUCUUCUCCCGCCAAAGAGGAACCUCUUCACCUGCCAAUGUCUUCCUCUUACACCUGGCCGUUGCCGACUUGUCUUAUGUCAUCAUCUUACCUCUUAGGGCCACCUACCAUCUCACAGGUGGUCACUGGCCUUUUGGUGAAGUCCCCUGCCGCGUGGCUGGCUUCUUAUUCUAUGUCAACAUGUAUGCCAGCCUCUAUUUUCUGGCCUGCGUGGCUGGAGAUCGUUAUUUAGCAGUCGUUUAUGCAGUGCGCUCGCUGAAGAUUCGUCGAGCUCGAUAUGCCCACAUCGUGAGCUUUUCUCUCUGGGUUUUGGUAACGGUUUCCAUGGCGCCUCUGCUGGUUACCAAACAGACGGCAGAGGUGGAUGGCUCUACUGUAUGCCUGCAGCUGUACCGGGAGAAAGCAUCACGUCGCGCAUUGGUCUCACUGGCUGUUGCUUUCACGCCAGCGUUCUUAGCCACACUCUCCUGCUACCUGCUGAUCAUCCACAGCCUCUGGAAAGGCUCUCGGCUGGAGCCUGCCUUGAAGAUCCGGGCCCUCCGCACCAUCGGGUUAGUCAUGUUCAUCUACGUCGUCUGCUUCUUGCCCUACCACGUGAGCCGAGCCACCUUCAUCCUCGGAUACGGGCAACCUCAUCUGUCCUGCCUGACGCAACGCGGGCUCGCGUUGGCUAAUCGGCUCACGUCCUCCCUCACCUGUCUGAACGGAGCCCUGGACCCCCUCGUCUACCUGUUCGGAGCGGAGAAGUUUCGUGGGAGCGUGCAAAGGCUUCUGUGCCGAGACAAGGCAGCAGGAUCAGGGGCCACAAGUGGAGACAUGAAAGGAACACAUGAGAGCUCUAUCAGCGCCAAGUCUGAGUUUUGA